GAACAGAGCAGUUGUGAACGCGACCGGAGGAUCCGUCACGUUAGCUAACUGUUGCGACCAAGUUGUUUUACGCGCAACACAGCGAGUUUGUGUACUAUUUUUUCUACAUUUCCCCCCGCCACUAAUGCCGGGCCGUCAUUCGAGCUCAGAGAAGUCAGUUUCGCCAGCGUGUGCGUGUGGCGCUUUGGCCGGCUCGCCAAUGCUUCUGCAUCAGUUUAUGAACGGAGCCCUGGAAGCCAUGCAUCCCACAGCGCUCCAGAAGGACACCACUUUUACCAAAAUCUUCGUCGGCGGGCUGCCGUACCACACGAACGACGCUUCGCUGAGAAAGUACUUCGAGGCCUUUGGGGACAUUGACGAGGCUGUAGUGAUAACCGACAGGCAGACCGGCAAAUCGAGAGGCUACGGCUUCGUAACGAUGACAGACCGAGGGGCGGCCGAGAGAGCCUGUAAGGAUCCCAACCCCAUAAUUGACGGCAGAAAGGCCAAUGUCAACCUGGCCUACCUUGGUGCCAAGCCCCGCAGCUUACAAACAGGCAUAUCCAUCGGAGUGCAGGCCAUUCACCCAGCAUUCAUCCAGAGGCAGUAUGGGUUGGCCCCGCCCUACGUCUACCCGCAAGCCUACAUGCAGCCCAGCCUGGUUCUGCCCGCCCAGCUCUCGUCCUCUGUGAGUAGCAGCCCGUACCUGGACUACAGCGCGGCCUACACGCAGUAUGCCCAGGCCGCCUUCGAGCAGCAGUAUCCCUACGCCGCCUCCCCGGCCGGCUUCCUGGGUUACAGCUACGCCGCCAGCCCCAGCGCCACCGUGGGGCCGGCCCCCGCCGCGACGGCGCCGUCCAGCGUGCUCCCCGCCCUGCCCUCGGCCGGCGGGCCGGCCUCGGCCUUCCUGCACUACGCUCCGCAGCAGCAAAUCCAGCCCGACCGCAUGCAGUGAGCUGGGGAGGGAGCGUGAAGGCAGGGUGGAAAAGGUGGGAGAAGGGGGGGACCUUAUGAACCGAGGAUGGCAGAAACGCCCUUUGGGGCUACCUUGUUUUCGGGGCGUUUCAGGAAACGGAUUUGGGACUAUUGCACUAUACGCUAUGUAUCAGGAUGUCCCCUUUGCUCGUUGGGCAAAGGGUGAAGGUGUGGGUGGGAGGUCUUGGGGCUUGUACGGAUUGGCAGACUGAGAAGCUUUAAUGUUUAAGAUCUCUUCCAAGGGCUUCUAAAAGCUGAGUCUUCAUUUAUAAUAAUUAUUAUUGUUGUUGUUGUUCUUUGUAUAGUCCUUUAUUAUUAUAUUGAUGUCAUUGUUUAUUUGUAAGCCAUCGUUAUCAUUAUCACACCUCUUGGCUCAGUCAGUGGAACGGCGCGUCUGCGGUACAUGUUGUUUUGAGAGCAUUCGGGGACAUAUUUACACGCUCCAAAGUAUCUCAGCUGGAUGCGAGGGUGACUGCUGCCCUCGGACGCUUGGCAGCCGGAGAUGACCGGGUGAUGACUGCGGAGGCCCGCAGUCAGCCUCCCACUCUCGCUAUCCUCGGUGAGGUAAAGCACUGCGCCGCCAAGAACAAACUCCCAGUGCUCACUCAGCUCAGCUCCGACCUGGAGGACAUAAUGUUUCACCUCUGAAAAACAUUAAAAAAAAGAGAAAGAAAAAAGAAACUUCUCAAUGUGUGAGCUGCAUUGUAUUCUGCCUGGACAAUGUCAGGAAGACAUUUUAUGAUUCUUUUUAUUAAAGAGGCCUUAAUAAAUAAAUCAAUUAAAAAAAAAAAAAAAGUAUGCCUUUUUUUUUUUUUUUUUUAAAUGUCCUGAUUCACAAGAGCUCCUUUUGCCGGAGAACGAAGUGCAGACUUUGUAACUGCUCUGUUUUCAGCAGUCAGUCAUUAACCUGACCCACUAGUAUCUUGCUUAUUUUAGGUGGAUGGCGAUGAGUAUGAGCAGUACGUGGCCGUUUGGGACCAAGCGUGCUGUGUAUCUGUAAUAGAUGGUAGCUGACACUGCGCUCAACCAGUGCAUUGUUUGCUUGUUUCUCUCCUCUGUAUCUCACUGGCACCAAUUGUCCAAGCACUGCAUUCAAGAUAUUUUCAGUCCUCAAGUACAUUUACAAUAUUUAUAUGUGGGUAUUUAUAAGAGGUACUAAGUUAAGUAGCGUUGUUGUUGUUUUUUUUUUUUUUUUUUUUUUCUUUUUCUUUUCUUCCUCUCUCUCUCUUUUUGUACUAUGACUGUAGUUGUAGCACUGAUGCCGAUUAACCUUUUAGAAGCAUACCUGCACAUCCUUGGGUAUUGUUUUGUCACCAUGUCGGUGCAUUUGUGUGAGUGCUGCUACAGAUGAUGCCUAUUUGUAGAUCAUUCUGGUUGCAUCAACGAAUGACUUUUAUAGUCCCUUUAAGAAAAGCCAUACAACAA